AAUUCCAUAGAACAAAAUCUUUUUGAUAGGUAUCAUUGUGACCUCUUCGUAACCUUGAAAUUAACCGUCCAUGAUUGUUUUUCAUACAAGAUAUCAAAUAAUCUACUUAACCUUGAAAAGAUUUUAAUGGAAUUACUUUGAUAAUAUUCACGAAAUAACGGGAUUAAUAUAUAUAUAUAUAUAUAUGUAUACAUAUAUAUAAAAGAAUGCCUUGUAAAGUGAUAUGAAUUUCUAUUGGUUAAGAUUGAAUGAGUUUUUUCCUUUUUUUUUUUUUCUAAAUUUAUUUUUGGACUCUUAAAUACAAAUUAAUUAUUAAUGAUCGAUUAUAUUUUACGUGAUUAUUCUUUCAAAGUGUUGAUUUAAAGUGAUUGCUAUGCCUUUCAAUUGUCUCUGUGUAACAUUUUAAAGUUAAACGUUAACAAAAGUUAAUUUGCAUUUCUUUAUAUACAUAUAUACUUAUAUACAUAUAUUAUAUACAUAUAUAUAUAUACGAUCUUAAGGAUCUGUAAUGUCUAUCGACACAUUAGUGAAACUUACAUUAUUGUGUAUAUGUACAACACAUACAAUAUUAUAAUAUAAAUAGUUAUCCUGUUAAGUAGUUUUUCAGAAGGAAGAAGAAAAAAUUUAAUUAAAGUCGGUUAUCGUUGGUUUCUAGUUCGUUCGCAAUAACAAGUAUCUUAGCAUUUAAAUAAUAUCCAAUAUUACAUUUAAUUUAUUCUUCGUUUACUUAUUCAUCGAUAAAUUAUAAUUAAAUAUUGUCAUGCAUAUGACAUGAGAAAGAUAUACGGCCAUAAGAAGAUAUACGACACCUACGUAAUUUAACAUUUCAAAUUUUGUCAUUGAAUAUUAUUAAUAUUAUAUUUAAUAUCAUCGAAUAAUUCUGUUCAACUAACGUUUAUUAGAACGAUCAUCAUGUGUACUUCAAUAAAAAAGAAAAAUGCAGAUAAUACGUUAUUUGAAAAAGGGAAAAAAUUAUUUUUGGAUAUUUUAAAAUGCAUUGUUAUUCAAUUACAUUGUAUAUUUGAUUAUGUGAUAGAUUUUAUAUUUGGUUUAUAUUAUGAUCAAAAAGCAAAGAAAGUAUCUGCCGUGAAAAAUCCUUUAUUGUUGGAGAGUGCCACAGCGUUAGCAGAGAAGAUACGAACAAAGCAAGUUAAGGCUGAAAAAGUUGUAGAAAGUUUUAUCGAAAGAUGCAAAGAAGUUAAUACAUUGAUCAAUGCGAUUGUAGAAGAAAGAUAUGCAGAUGCGAUAAAGGAAGCAAGAGCAAUUGAUCUUGAAUUAAAGAAUUGUGAUAAUAGUUUAUUUUUAAAAGAAACAAGACCAUUUUUAGGAGUUCCAUUUACAACUAAAGAGAGCAAUGAAGUAGAAAAUUUACAUCAUACUAUGGGUAUGAUAAGUCGUCGACAGCACCGUUCAAUGUCUGAUGCAACCGUGGUUGCUCAUUUGAAAAAAGCUGGUGGAAUACUUAUUGCAAAAACGAACAUUCCUGAACUUAAUUUGUGGGUUGAAUCGAGAAAUAACGUCUAUGGUCAGACAUGUAAUCCUUACAAUAUAACAAGAACUGUUGGUGGAAGUAGUGGUGGUGAAGGUGCUAUUAUCGCUGCAUGUGGUUCUGCAUUUUCUAUUGGAAGUGAUAUUGGUGGAUCUACUAGAAUGCCAGCAUUUUAUAAUGGAGUUUUUGGAAUGAAACCUAGUGAAGGAAUGACAUCCUUAAAAGGUAUUGGAUUAAGAGACAGAUAUUAUUCAGACUCUAUGGCAGAGGCAGGUCCAAUUUGUAAAAAGGCUGAAGACUUGGCACCGUUUUUAAAAGUUUUGGUUGGGGAUAAAGCAUGUAAAUUAAAAUUAGAUGAGCCAGUCAAUUUAAAAAAUUUGAAGAUAUUUUAUCAAUCAGAAUCUGGUGACAUUAGAGCAAGUAAAGUGAAUUAUGCAAUGCGUGCUACAUUAAGAAAGGCAGUGGAUCAUUUUGAAGAAAUAGCUAAAUCUGUAACCAAGAUCAAGAUACCUGGAUCAGAAUAUAGUUUUAGAUUAUGGAGAUAUUGGAUGACUCAAGAAGAUACAGAUUUUAAAGCUGAUAUAACAAAUAGAACGUCUCGUGCAAAUGCAGUAUCUGAAAUACGGAAAUUUGUUUCGGGAACGUCCGAGAUAACAUUUGCCGCGUUAUUAAAAUUAAUAGACGAAGAUUUGUUACCAAAAGAAGAUCCUGAAUGGGCUAGAAGUGUUACCACUAAUAUGAAGAAAUAUUUAUUGGAUAUUUUAUAUGAAAAUGGAGUCUUGUUUUAUCCUUCCGCUCCAUUUCCUGCCGUUUAUCAUUACUCUUCAUUUCUUAGACCAUAUAAUUUUGGUUAUUGGUGUCUAUUCAAUGUGCUUAAAUUUCCUGUAUGUCAGGUUCCUCUUGGAUUAGACUAUGACGGAUUGCCUGUAGGUAUACAGGUUAUUGCAGCUCCAUAUAAUGAUCAUUUAUGUAUUGCUGUAGCAAAAGAGCUUGAACGUGCAUUUGGUGGGUGGGUGCCACCCUCCGUUUGAUUUUCCUUCAUAAAUGAUAAAAAUUUUUUAAAGAAUCAUAUUUAAUACAUAAUUUUUAAAUUAACUUAAGGUAAUUUGUCUUCCAGGGGUUAUGUUUUCGUCAGAUAUUAACAAAAUUUGUUUUAAUUUUCUUUAUGAAUCAUCAGGUUUUAUGGUUAUGGAGAAACAUUAUUUAUUAAUUUGCGUUUUUUUUUUAAAUUUUUAUAUUAGAUUUUAUAUUGUAAUACAUAUAAUGUUGUUAUAAUAUUUUAUUAUUUUUGUUUGUUUGUAUCGUGUUAAUGUUUUAAUAUGUUAUUAUAAAACGUGGAUUAUUAUUAAUGAUAAUAAAUCUAAUAGUGCUUAAAUACAGUUUAGAAUUCGAAUAAAAUAUCAAUUCAUUGCAAUCCGUGUCAUAAGAUUAAAUGUAUUUAGUUUUGUAUAAA